AUGAGCAAACGCGCCAUCCGAACCGACAACGCCCCGGCCCCCAAGCCUUUCUUCUCCCAGGCCAUCGUGCACGAGAAGACGGUCUAUACCUCGGGAGCCGUGGGCAUGGACCCCGCGACGGGCCGGCUGGUCGAAGGGACUACCGGAGACCGCACGGUCCAAUGCCUGAAGAAUCUCUCGAACAUCCUCGAGGCGGCGGGGAGCUGUUUGGAUAAUAUCAUUAAAGCCACGAUCUUUAUCGAUGAUAUGAGUAACUAUGGGUCCAUGAAUGAGGCCUACUUGAGUGUGUUCAGCAAUGGCUCGCCGCCGGCAAGAACUUGUGUGGCCGUGAAGCAGCUGCCGCUGGGGACGGAUGUGGAGAUUGAGGUUGUGGCUCAUCUUUGAACGGGGCAGUUGGAUGUUGUAGUGGGAAGUAAUGUGGGG